AUGGAGAACUUAGCCGGACCGUCCUUCCCACGCUCCUCCUUGCUUCUCCAGGGGAUGAUCUGGCUAGAGGACUGGGUCACAAUGCUCCUGGUCAGUGUGGUGCUCGUCCUCUUAAUCUGCAAGCCCUUUCUGUAUCGGUAUCCACCUGGAUUGGCAGCCAGCGAGUUCAUUCUCAUGCUGUGCCAUGUGCCUGUGCAGGCGGCGCGAAGCUGGCUGGGCACGGCUGGCAACAAACAGGAACGCGCGAUGUUUGUAGCGGCUUUCCUUGGCCUCAGCUCCUGGACCAUCCUAGUGACCGGCUACUUCUUCCUUCUGCAGGCUUAUGCCCUCUAUUUGGAGAGCAUCUUGGCUGGAACGGCAUUAGCCCUCGCUCUCUUCGAAACGCUCCAGGGGGCCUGGAGCGGCAGUUCCUUUUGCGACGGCCUGCUGGAGUUUGCCUCGGUAUUUCUGAGUUUCGUCGCAGCGGCCGGGAGCGCAGCCCUGCUGUACAGCCUCUGGCCGGCUUAG